AUGGAUUAAUAGGAAUCAGCAAGAUCAAUCAAUAUAAGUGUUAUAUGAAAUUAUUAUUAGCUUAGGCUCAUCAAGAUAUUCUGAUAAAUUUUAACCAUAAUUAAUUCAGAUUAAUUAGUAACCAAUAUAAAAAAAUGUGGAAAAUAGUGAAGAAUUUAGUCCCAUGGAUGAAAACUCUUAGGAAGACAUAGUGAAAGAGAAAAAGCAGAGGUAAAAUCGUGGCAAUUUUAAGAAAUCCCUUAAUUAACAUGUAUGAAAUAUUUAAAUCCAUUUUAAGUCAACAUCAAUAAACCCAUAAGAUAAGGCUCAAAAUAUCAGAGGCAAUAAAAUCAUGCAUUUGAUAAAGCAGAAGAAUUUUAUAUUGAAAUUUAAAGAGAAAUUAUUCCAAUUUGGUCAUGUGUAUCCAAGGAAACCUAAUGAAAAGCUUUCUCGUUUUUUGGAGGAGUAAUAUAUCCAUUAAAAUCAUCAUUACUAAAAAUUUAGUUAACCGGAACAAAGGUUUGAACAGGAUAUUAUAGUGCAAUAUUAGAGUGUUGAGAAUGUUUAAUAAGGAUUUAAAAUACCGAUAAUAAAUCCAACAGGAAAGUUUUAUCUAUUUUGGCAAUUGAUGAGAUUGUUAUAAAUAAUUUUUUUGUUAUGGUGGGUUCCAUUUAAAAUCUCAUUCAAUCCUCCUAAGACGACAACAAUGUCAUAGAUUGAAACUAUGUUAAUCUACCUAUUCGCAGCUGAUUUGUUCAUAAAAUUGAAUAAAGGAAUGAUAGACCAAGGUUAAAUUGUGUAUGAUAGGUCUAAAAUAUUCAAGCAUUAUAUUAUAUAUGAAUUAUAUGAAGAUGCAAUAUACUUAAUAACUUUGACACUUGUUAUUUGCAGUGAUCCAAUUGCAAUAUCAUUUUUUCCAGAAAUGAUAGUCUUGAUUUAAUUUACUUUUAAUUUUAUUAAGUUAAAAAAAACAAUUAAUAGAUAUGGAGAAAUGUUUGCAGUCUAAUCAACAUUUACAGAAUUGGCCAGUCUCUCAUAACUGAUAAUACUGAUCUUUUAUUUUGCUCAUUUUAUGGCCUGUAUUUGGUAUUAUGUGGGAAAAAUUAGCUAAGAAUCUUUUUCCAAUUCUUGGAUACAAUAAUAGCAUUUAGAAGAUUCACCAUUAUUUCAUAAAUACGGGUACUCCUAUUAUUGGGCUACAGCAACAAUGGUCACAGUUGGAUAUGGUGAUGUCACUCCAUAAAACAUAUAUGAAGUGAUUUGUGCAAUCAUCAUGAUAUUUUUUGCAAGUGUUGUAUUUGCAUUCUCAAUAAAUGCUAUUGGAGUGAUUUUCUCAAAUAUUGACUUAUAAAAGCAAUAUUACAAAAGAAAUCUAGUCCUAAUAAAUCAAUAUAUGAAUUCAAAUGAAGUUUCAUCACAAUUAUAGAGUAGAGUUCGCAAUUAUUUGAAAUACUUUUAUGAACAAUAAUUGAAAGGAAACAAUACAGAGAUCCAUUCUAUUCUUGAAAAAUUGUCUUAUAAUUUAAAGUAAGAGUUAUUGGAAGAUGUAUAAAUAAGAGCAGUAAUGUGCGUUGAGUUUUUUACAAAGAACUUCUAAUAAUCAACUAUUCAUGAGAUUGCUUGUAGAAUGAAAAUCUAACAAUUCACUCCAAGAGAGAUUGUAUACUAAUAACACUCCCUGGAUGAACACUCUAUAUACAUUAUUUAAAAAGGGGAAAUUUAGUUAAUUGAUGAGAAUUCAGGCAAAGUUAUUUAGAAAUUAGUAAAAGGCUAAUGCUUUGGAGAAAUUGAGUUCUUGACAACACAGAAAAGGUAGUACAAAGUUAUAAGUUCAACAUUUAGUUCCAUUUAUAGAAUUACAAGAGACAUGUUUUUAGAUAUAGUUUCCGAAAAUUCCAUAGAUUUUGAGCAUUAUUGCAAUAUGAGGGAUAAAGUAAUAUUUCAAUACGAUGAUUUGCCAGUCAAAUGUUUUGGUUGUGAUGGCGAUCACUUACUAUCAAAUUGCCCUCUUCUGACUUACAAACCAGAAAAAGAGGUUUUAAUUAAACGAUAAUCAUAUUAUUCUAUAUAAUAGAGAUCUCAAUUUAAAAGAAAGAAUCUUAGAUAUUUAAGAAUAUUUAAUCAAAAUGAAGAACAUGAACCACCUCUAAGAGGUUCAAAUAAAUAAAUAGAGCAUGAAUCAUCUCAUCUCUCAUAAGAGUCACUAUACAAAUAGUAUUCUAGUUUGACUGGCAGUGAACAUAAGAACAAUACAAAUAACAAUGAAGAAGUUGGUUAAUAGAUCAAACAACGUAUCUCAUUAUGGAUUACUAAUCCCGAUCAUUCUUUAGUAGAUUAAAAAAGUAUUUAAAUUCUUUUACACUAGAGUCUUUGCAGAAAUCCAAUCUACUUAGCAGUGAAUCCUCAACUCAUAAACCAUCCAAAAAAUCUCUCUUUAAUUAAUCAUAAGAUCAUCAUUCUAAAAUACAUAUGAGUAAUUAAUAUCUUUAAGUUAAUGAACCUCAAUAAGUAAUGAGUUCCUUAAAUAAUUCAUUAAUAAAGUCACAAAAAUAACAAUAUUUUAAUUAAUUGGAAUAUUUACAAUCAUACUAUAAAUUCAAUUAGGAAAUAGAUAAAAUUGAAACAUUUCAAAUUUAUUUUCCUUAAAACAAUAUCUAAAAUGUCAUUAGUAGCUUUUAAAGACAGCAAAAGCAAUCUAAAUUCUAUAAUAUCUAGUUGGUUAGCAAUAAAUAUCGUUUUAUUUAUGUUAAAAAAAUACCAAUUUAAUCACUACCUAAAAAGUCAAUGCACAAAAUAAACAGUUAAAUUUGA